GGAAAGUGAGUGAAGGAAGAACCGUAGGAAACAGAAAGAGAGAAGAGGCAAGAAAUUUUUUCUUCUCCAUUCUCUGUUUGGUUUCUCUCUACCUUCUUUGUGUUCUUGCCUAAUGCUUGUCAAUGGAAUAAACUUGCUUGUAUUCGUCUGUGGAAUGCAAAUUUGGAUGCAAUUCCAAUUAUGUGAAAGCAGGUGAGGUUCUUGGCGGAUACUUCAUCUGUUGAAGAAGAUACUGGAUCAUCGUUGAGUAUUUUCUGUAUGGCUGCUUGUUAAUUCUUCUGCUAUUUGGUUUCCCUCGACAUUCCUUAUGAGUGGUCCUCCUAAAAGAUCUCAUGAAGAGGGUGGUCAUUCCUCUACCCCGAAGUACCCAAAUGAAGAUACGAGCACAUACCCCAAAAUUGCACCUGGCGGGGUUUCUAGCGAGUACCAUUCUCCAUAUGACAUGAGCCAGGAUGCUCGUGCAGUAAAGCUUUCCCGCGAUGCAGAUAGAAAAUCCCCCCUUCAUUCACUGUACAGAAUGCCAUCUGCUUCGAAUGAUUCUUAUAUGGAUACACAUCCUGUCCCUUCUGAUAGCCGGCUGGAACUAAGAGAUCCGAAAGACGUCAGAGAGCAUCGAAUUGACAACAGAGAUCAACGAACUGAAGCAAGAGAGAUUUAUAGUGAUCCUAAGAGGGAUACUCAAAGUGUUAAACCUGAUAAGGAUACCAGGUUGGAGAGUAGAGGAGAUGAUAAUAAGGAGACAAAGCAUGAAAGGGAGGCCAAUAACGAUGCAAAGCACAACGAAGUGAAAUUGGAAAAGGAUGCUUUGAUUUCAGCGAGCAGUCAAAUGACAUGGAAAGAACCUAAAGAAUAUCAUAGAGGAAAGAGAUACUCCGAAUCUCCUAACACUCAUGCUGAUCCUUGGCAUACGUCGCGUAGCAAUCCCCAAGGCCAGCCUGAGAUUAGCAAGGAAGGACAACCUUUUGAAGACAGGGACCAUGGAGAGACAUGUGAAACGGUUGGCGAAAAUAAAGUUGACUCAAAAAAUGAGGAUAGAUGCAAAGACAAGGAUAGGAAAAGGAAAGAUCUGAAGUAUCGGGAGUGGGGCGAGAAAGAAAGAAAUGAUCGUAGGACCAACUUCCAGAUGGGUAACAGCAGCGGUGAUGUAAAAGAUUCAGCAAGAGAGGAACGAGAACUGGAUAGGUGGGAGAGGGAAAGGAAGGAUCUUCCAAAGGACAGGGAAAAGCCAAAGGAUAAUACCAAACGAGAAUCAUGGAAUGGUGUAGACAAAGAAAGUUCCCACAAUGAGAAAGACAUGGGCGAUGUGUCUGCCAGAGUAUCCGAGCCCGAAAAUCCAGCUUUGGAACAGAAAAAAUCCAAAGACUUUGAUGCCUGGAAAAAUAUAGACAGAGAAAAUAGAGAAAGGAGAAAAGAGAAAGAUGCUGAUAUUGACGGAGAUAGACCAGAGAAGCGCAUCAGGUUGGCUGAUAAAGAGUCCGAUGAUGGAUUGCCAGAUGGUGAAGGAGGUACAGAAAGGGAUCGCGAUGCUUUUAACUACGGGGUCCAGCAACGUAAGAGGAUGCUGCGGUCAAGGGGAAGCCCUCAGGUCUCAAACCGCGAGCGCUUGAAGCCACGUGCUCAGGAAAAUGAAGGCAUUGCUGAUGAUUCAGGGAAAUCUGAGGUAUCCUCUGUUGUAUACAAAGUAGGAGAAUGCAUGCAGGAUCUGAUAAAGUUGUGGAAAGACUAUGAAUCAAUGGAAUCUGAAAAAAAUGGUGAUAACGCUCAGAACAGCCCCACUCUUGAAAUUCGGAUACCAGCAGAGAACGUCACAGCUACAAAUCGCCAAGUCAGAGGUGGUCAACUUUGGGGGACAGAUAUAUACACGGAUGACUCAGAUCUUGUUGCUGUUCUUAUGCAUACGGGAUACUGUCGGCCCACUGCUUCUCCUCCUCCACCUGCUAUCCAAGACUUGCGUGCCACCAUAAGGGUUUUGCCUCCACAAGACAGUUAUACUUCAAUGCUGAGAAAUAAUGUCCGCUCCCGUGCUUGGGGAGCUGGAAUUGGUUGUAGCUACCGUGUGGAGCGCUGUUGCAUUGUGAAGAAAGGAGGAGGAACCAUCGAUCUUGAACCUUGUCUGUCACAUACGUCUGCUGUUGAGCCUACUCUUGCCCCCGUUGCUGUUGAGCGGACAAUGACCACAAGAGCUGCAGCUUCAAAUGCAUUACGGCAACAAAGAUUUGUCCGUGAAGUUACAAUACAGUACAACCUUUGCAAUGAGCCUUGGAUAAAAUACAGCAUCAGUGUUGUUGCUGACAAGGGCCUAAAAAAGCCGCUUUAUACUUCUGCACGCUUGAAGAAAGGAGAAGUUCUGUAUCUGGAAACCCACUCUUGCAGGUAUGAGCUGUGUUUUACCGGAGAGAAAAUGGUUAGGUCUUCUCAGCCCCAACAGCAUGAAGAUGCAGAAAAAUCACAUAGUCAUCCUCCUCCACAUUCAUCCAACGGUGACAGUUCGGAUAGCAUUCUGUUCGAUGCGUUCCGGUGGUCCCGCUGUAAGAAGCCCCUGCCACAGAAGUUGAUGCGGUCUGUUGGGAUCCCACUUCCUCCAGAGCAUGUCGAGGUAUUAGAGGAGAACUUGGAGUGGGAAGAUGUGCAGUGGUCGCAGACAGGGGUGUUCAUAGCUGGAAAAGAGUACACACUAGCAAGGGUUCAUUUUCUGUCCCCCUAAUUUGACCACUCCUGCUGUCUUGUUUGUGUAUGUAAAAUAGAGAGAAACGAAAGUGUAUUAUUUGUUGGCUACGGUUGAAGAUCAAUACGUACUGGCAGUUUAUGGUCAAAAUCCACCCGACCACCCAAUGCCCACCCCUACGUACUGCUCUCUUUAAACGCACGAUCUUGUUAAUUGUUGAAUUAUCACCACGUUUUAGUGUCCUUGUGUAUGUGUUCGUUUUACGCCUUUCGUCUGUCUUCCAAUAGAACCGAGGAGCAUGGAUAGGGAUGACAAAAAUAUCCGUAACUGUGGAUAUCCGUCCGAAUCCGAUCUAAUUGGGUAGAGUAAAACCCGAACCCGAAUGACUUUUAGUGGGUACGGGUAAAAUCGAAACUCGAAUAUUGCGGGUAAUGGUUGGCAUGGUUUUCUCACUAUCCAACCUGAACUCGCCCGAUUAUA